AUGUCUGGAAAUAAUUCUCAGGCCGCGGCAGACCGGAUAAAGGCGUGGGCCGUCUCAAAUGCUAAGGGACUGAGCAGGGCUCAAGCUGAACGUGCCGCGGAAGCUGCUGCCCGCAAUGUCAAUGCCUAUGGGCAGAAGGAAGAGGGGCCAAGCCACUGGCAAGAGAGGAAGGAAGCCAAGAGGAAGAUGUAUCUGAUGAGCACGGAGCAGCCUGUGAGGCUAGGUGUGAGGCCAAAUGCCGUACCAACUUCUUCCUCUGGUCGCCAAUGUCAGAAGUGCUUCCAGCCCGGGCACUGGACGUAUGAGUGCAGGAACGAACGGGUCUACAUCUCGCGACCCUCGAGGACGGAGCAGCUUAAGAACCCCAGGCUGAAGAAGAAAGUGUCGCUGCCGGCUUGCUCUCAGUUCGUGAACCCUGAUCUUGAGAAGGAGAUGAGACUGUUUUUUCAGUACCCGAUGCAGGAGGAAACGAAGCUGACGGGAGCAAAGCAGAAGAACGAGAAAUCUGAGAGAAAGAAGGUAAAGAGUAACAGGAAAUUUGCUAAUAUUUCCAACAGAAAACAUCGUGCUUCGGUGUCACACACUGACCCUGACUCCGAAUCAUCAGCGAGUGGCUGUGAGUAUUCUUCUGAAAGCAGCAGUUCAAGCUACAGUUCGUUGGACUCGGAGGAUAGAAAUCAUCGAUGCAAGGCGAAGCAGAAGAAGAGAAGGCACCAAAGGGACAACACGUCUUCAUCCUCCUCCUCGGAAUCGGAAUCUGAGUCUAAACUUGAUUCCGACGAGAAGGGCAAGAAGCGUGGUUACAAGCGCCGAGUUUGAAGAGCCAGAGAAAGCGACUAAGACAAUCCAAACUUUGAGGAACCAAGGAGCAAAAACAAUCGAGUUCAAAAAGAGAAGAAAAUGGAGUAAGGCUACACAACAUCUGUCAUAUUAGAGACAAUUUUUGUUGGCUUUUGAUCGAUAGAUCAAUUUACCAAAACAGCAGGAGCAGUACGUGCAAGCUAGCUAGCAAGCAAACCGACAGCUUGAUUGAUCUUCCCUGUGAACAGCGUACGUGCGUGUCUAGCCGGGACUCUCGUACAAGCUAGCUAGAUCGAUUUGAUCGAUCAACUUCAGCGUAGUCGGCGAAACACUUAGGAUACUUGGCGACGGAAUAAACUGAUCAGGAGACUUUGAUGAUAGCUACAGGGGCUUGUCGCUCCUGGCUUUUUCUCUUUAU